AUGUCCAAAGCAAAGUCGCAGGACGCUGCGCUUUUGGAGAAGCAUGGUUAUGAGUUUUGCGGACCAAUUGGGGCGGCUGCCAUUUCGUUCGGUGUGCCACUCGCAUGCUACUUGUUUGUAUUUCUCUGCAACGAUGUGUCUGGGUGCCCUGCGCCGUCCGUCUUGCAUCCGACCAGCCUGACACUGGGACAACUAAAGCGAGAUGUGGGAUGGCAAGGCUUCUCCCACCUGCUCAACACCAAAGCUGUCGUUGCAACUAUCGGUUACUAUGCUUUCAGUUUGGUCCUGAAUGCCUUACUGCCAGCUCAAGAGGCAGAAGGAGUGGAGCUCAGGUCUGGCGGCAGAUUGAAGUACCGGAUGAACGCUUUUGCAUCCGCUUGCUUUACACUCGCUAUAGCAGCUGCGGGAACUUUUGCACAGGGAGCUGAUUUUCCGCUAUGGACCUUCAUCUGGGACAAUUUCAUCCCGCUCAUGACUACGAACAUCCUCAUCUCUUAUGCCCUUGCCACGUACGUCUACGUGAGCAGUUUCUCCGUCAAGCGUGGUAACCCAGAGCAUCGAGAGCUUGCCGCCGGCGGUCGUUCAGGCAACUUGCUGUACGAUUGGUUCAUCGGCCGGGAGCUGAACCCGCGCGUCAAGAUCCCUUUCUGCGGCGAGGUCGACAUCAAGUCUUGGAUGGAGCUCCGUCCCGGCAUGCUGGGCUGGAUUUUGCUCAACUUAGCGUUCGUGGCGCAUCAGUACAAGAACUACGGCACCGUCACAGCCAGCAUCAUCAUUGUGACUGUAGCUCAGGCGAUAUACGUUCUCGAUGCUCUUUACAUGGAGCCGGCCGUCCUGACGACCAUCGACAUCAUAGCCGACGGCUUCGGCUUCAUGCUCGCCUUUGGUGAUCUGGCUUGGCUCCCGUUCACGUACUCCAUUCCUGCGCGUUAUCUGGCGAUCCACCCUGUCCAACUCUCGUAUCCAGAGAUUGCCGGCAUUCUUGCCGUGUACGGUCUGGGCUACUACAUCUUCCGCUCCGCCAACAACGAGAAGAACCGCUUCCGCACCAACCCCAACGACCCCAAAGUCGCUCAUCUCAAGUACAUGGAAACAAAGUCCGGCAGCAAGCUGCUCGUCUCAGGCUGGUGGGGCACAGCACGCCAUAUCAACUACCUUGGCGAUUGGAUAAUGUCCUGGGCCUACUGUCUUCCAACAGGCGUUGCAGGCUACCUCAUCCAGCAAAGGUCGAUCAAACCUGACUUUGAUGGUCAAUCACCGGCUGAUGGGGGCAUCCUUGGUGGUCAACCGGUAGUGACGGAGGUGGUGCCUGGUGAGGCGCGAGGCUGGGGCAUGAUAUUCACUUACUUCUUCAUGGUCUACUUCGCUGUGCUGCUCAUCCAUCGCGAAAGGAGAGACGAGGAGAAGUGCAAGAGGAAGUACGGCAAGGACUGGGAGAGGUACUGCGAGGAGGUGCCGUACAGGAUCCUGCCGGGUGUUUAUUAA